UUUCUCCUUCAAGAUAAAAAAAUCUAUAGAAAUAUUACUACGAAACCAUUGCAUGGAUGCCAAUAAAUAUAUAUGACAUGAGGCUAAAACCUUCAAACUUACUGUUUCCAAGGCAUUGCAGAUAGCUGGGUGUUCCAAAUGACAAUAAUAAUCAACAAGCAAGCAGCAUCCUUAGCUUUGCUAUCCUUUGUCGUUUUCCUUCAUCCUCUUCAUGUUUGCACCGUCGAUACAAACCAAACGUCUCCACGACCGCCGGCAAUCAUUGUCUUUGGAGACUCGGUCGUCGAUCCAGGAAACAACAAUGCAAUCCUGACAAUGGUUAGGUGCAACUACCCGCCAUAUGGGAAGGAUUUCGUUGGUCACAGAGCGACGGGUAGGUUCAGCAAUGGAAAGAUCCCCUCCGACCUUAUAGCUUCUCAGUUAGGAAUAAAGGAAUAUGUACCUGCAUAUCUGGGGUCAGAGCUGUCAGCCUAUGAUCUUAUAACUGGAGUAAGCUUUGCAUCUGGUGGCUGUGGAUUUGAUCCUCUCACAUCUCAGCUAGUGUCGGCGAUUUCGAUGGACGGACAGCUAAACUUGUUCAAGGAGUACAAGGAAAAGGUGAAAGCCAUUGUAGGAGAAAAGAGGGCAGCAUACAUCAUUAAAAAUUCAAUAUAUUUUAUCGUCACGGGGACGGACGAUCUUGCAAACACUUAUUUUCCCACGCCAUUUAGGAGAUUUGAGUACGAUCUCCCCUCCUACAUCAACUUUACUGUUCAAUCAGCUUCAACUUUCAUUCAGAAACUGUACCAUUUAGGGGGAAGAAGAAUCAGUGUUGCGAACAUUCCUCCUAUAGGCUGUUUGCCAUCACAAAGAACUCUAGCAGGAGGAAUUGAAAGAAUAUGCGAUCCAACAUACAACCAAGCCGCAAUGUCAUUCAAUUCAAAGUUAUCGAACGAAGCACAGAGGCUUAACGGAACUCUACCUAAAUCGAGGAUACGCUACAUCGAUAUGUAUACCCCUUUGCUUGAUAUGAUCCUACACCCUUCUAAAUAUGGAUUUGUGGAAUCCAAGAGAGGCUGCUGUGGCACAGGAACUUUCGAGGUCACACAAACUUGCAAUAGCUUGACCACCUUCGUCUGUGAAGACGCAUCAAAAUAUGUGUUCUGGGAUAGCUACCAUCCCACAGAGAGAGGGUAUAAGAUUUUGAUGGGGCAACUUACACAGAGAUAUGGUGCAUCAAUAAAUUAAGAAGGCAAAAAAGCAAGUUAUUAGUCAUGUUUUACUAAUGUUUGUAUAGUCCAUACAAUACACUUGAUCUUAGUGACAGCAAUAGUUAUGAUGUCUAAAUACAUAUGAAAAUAUCACAAUAUUGCUACGAAUUUUGCAUGUUUUGGAUGAUCAAAUUGAAUGAAUGAUUGUAAGAGAAUGAGAUCUUACUCCAUUCAUAACAUUAUUAUGGGUUUGAAUGUGAAUAACGCAUAUGAGUGCAAGGACUAUGAUCAAAUAACUCUGUACUCACUUAUUGUUAACAUCUAGGGCAGUUAAUUAACCGAGCAAAGCAAAAUAAUAGCAUGAUUAAAUUCAUUUUUAAUCGAAUUUGCACAGUUUGGAU